GCCUCGUGGUACGUGGUGCACACCGGGGUGUAUAUACGUGGAGCUCAGCUCAACCAAAGAACAUGGCGUCUCGACUGAACGUGGUGUUGGGGGCAUUGGCACUUGGCGGCAAGAAUCUAGCCAAGGACGAGGCGGUGCGUUAGCCUGCCGGCGCGGCCUCACGCGCGUACCGACACUGAUGCAUGCAUCGUGCAACAUCUCCAGUGUCAUCCACUGCUGGACCACUUCUUCUCGAAAGGUUGGCACGAGAUCGACACAGCACUAAUGUACGCGGAAGGAAAGUCGGAGCAAGUCUUAGGAAGAUACUUGAAUGAGAAGAAGCCUAGCAAGGUAGUGGUGGCCACCAAGGCAAACCCGUGGGACAAUAAGACCCUGUCAGCAGCCAGUGUUAGGAAGCAACUGGAGACCAGUCUGGCCAGUCUGCAGAGCUCCUGCCUCGACAUCUUCUACCUCCAUGCCCCGGACCACACCACACCUCUGGAGGAGACACUCAGGGCUGUCAACACCCUCCACGAAGAGGGGAAAUUCAAGGACCUUGCAUUGUCUAACUUUGCAUCAUGGGAAGUGGCUGAGGCGUACCACAUCUGCAAGGCAAACGGCUGGGUCAUGCCAACACUGUACCAAGGAAUGUACAAUGCAAUCACUAGGAUGGUGGAGGGGGAGCUAUUUCCGUGUCUCAGGAACUUUGGAAUCAGGUUCUAUGCCUACAAUCCUCUGGCUGGAGGUAUUAUGACUGGCCGCUAUACCUUCUCCGACACAGACAAGAAGCCCGAGGGAAGGUUCUUUUCACCUGGAAACAAAUGGGCAACGAUAUAUUGUGAUAGGUUCUGGAGGAAGUCCGUGUUUGAUGGCCUGGAUCUGGUGAGAGCGGCACUGGACGAGAGCUACGGGGUGGGACAAGUGGCCAUGAUUAGCGCAGCACUGCGGUGGCUCAACCAUCAUUCACAACUGUCCCCCGACCACGGAGAUGCCAUUAUUAUAGGGGCAAGUAAAAUGGAGCAUUUGGUGAGCAACUUGGAGGCUUGCGAAGAGGGACCAUUAGACAAACGUGUUGUAGAGGCAUUUGACAAGGCAUGGAUGCUAGACAAAGGUAACUGUCCAAAGUACUACCGCUGAUUGCCAUAAUGGAGAACAGACUUGACUAGCCAUCUGGAUAAUUAUUUUCUAUGAAUCACAAUAUGGAUGGUUGUAUACUGAUUGGGCAUUAGACAAAAUAUGUUUGGAAUGCAACUAGAGAAAGAUUGCAAAACUAUACAUAAUCCAGAGAGACAAAGAUAUAUUAUAGAUUUGACCAAAACAGUGAAAAUAAGCAUAAUGUACAUCUGCUAUAUCGGGAUUUUGUGACGUGUAUGUGUACAAAGACAGACAAAUACGGAAAUGCAGUUUGGCACACACACACAAGAGUUAAUAUACCUGCCCACAGGCAGGCUGGCUGGGUGGAGUAUAUAUGUCAUUUGGGUUUACCAGAAGAUGAAUUGUCUGCAGACUUGUU